AAGAAGAAGAAGAUGAGCCGGAGCCUGGGGAUACCGGUGAAGCUGCUGCACGAGUCGUCGGGGCACGUUGUGACGGUGGAGCUGAAAAGCGGCGAGCUCUACCGUGGCACCAUGAUCGACUGCGAGGACAACUGGAACUGCCAGCUCGAAAACAUCACCUAUACCGCCAAGAUGGCAAAGUAUCACAACUCGAGCAUGUUUUCAUUAGAGGAAGCAAAGUGAGAUUUAUGCUCAUUCCUGAUAUGCUGAAAAAUGCCCCAAUGUCCAAACGCUUGGAUGCAAGGAUCAGAAGCAAAGGCUCAGCUCUUGGAGUCGGACGUGGGCGGGCAGUUGCUAUGCGAGCUAGGGCUCAAGCUGCUGGUCGUGCUGGUGCUACUGCUGGUGGGGGUGGUGUGCCGCCAGUUAGGAGGGAGUCACCUUUGAGCCCCUUGUUUCCUUGUUGCUCAGACCUUGCUGCCAUGGAGAUCACAUAUACUCAUUUCUUUGAAUCUCUCUGUACAUUAUAAAGGAUGUAAGCGAAGACAUGUUUUCUGUUCUUUAAGUUCUUGUGGCAUCUGAUGAGCGACAUUUGGAAAUCUAUUGUUGUUAUGGCCUUCAGCAUUUUUCUUCAGUGCAACCAAUACCUCCAAACGUUUUAUUGAUCCAGCGUUGUUCCUAAAUUGAUUGCUAAAGUCGCAGAUGCAGUGUUUUGUUG